AUGCCCAGGUACAACGAUCAACACUAUUUUCUCUACGGGUUCGGGAAGAAGCCAGCGCAACUACGUCUUGGCCACCUGUGCUUUGGGCACUAUUCCAAAGCGACCGACGAUUCCCUGUGGUAUUUGGCUGGUGAGGAUCUUGAGGCCCAUGAACUUGAACAAUCCGCACAUGUCUUCGAGAUUGAGAACCAGCUGCUCGGAACGGACCCGUCGAUAAAGAUCUCGGCUGAGAUCAACGCGCUCGAUGUUGCCUCGCUGGGAUCUACCUUCUCUAAGUCCGACUCGAUGUUCGUAUAUGCAAAAACAGGGCGCAAGAUUGAGCUACAGAAUCCCCGGAAGUUCCUUGACGAGAGGAUCUUGACAAAAGAGUCCUGCAGGAGAACCCUCGAGAGGUGGUUGGUUGUAGCCAACCCCACCCUCAAGACACUGGUCACCAGCCCGAAAAUUUGGUACUUGACAGGACUGUACGAACUAGCGGAUACCGUGACCUUUAGCCAAAGCAGAAGCGUCUUUGGCGCUCGGGGUGGCAUCUCCGCCGACUUACUCGCGGCCCUGGGUGUCCCUGUAGGCGCCAGUGCCGAAGCGGAAAGAAGUAAAAACGAAUUCCAAGGUGCACAAAUCAAGGAGCCACUUGUGUGGGCUGCAAAGUAUCAGCUACUAGAUGCCAAGUAUCUACAUGUCAAAGGGGAUAAACCUGUGCCCGAAAACCUGGUGUCCCUGGGGCGCAGGCCACUACAUUCCACGGGCAAGGUUCGCGACACGGAACCCACGGCCAACUACGCUGAGCUUUCGCUCGUUGAAUCUGGACCAGACUUACUCACAGGUAGCCCGCCGAUGGAGUCCGAUGAGUAUUGGGAUGGAAUCAGAAAGGAGCAGAAAAGGUGGGAAAAGAGGCAGUCGUACCACCGAAGCUAG